CCCACCCUGCACGGGCAGUACAGGCGCAAGCACAGACUACCAAUGCCAUGUACAUCCCCGAUGCCAAAACCAUUCAUGAGGCACGCAAGCGCAGAGAGAAAAUGAGGGACGGUAAGGAUUACGUACCAUUAAAUGAGGGGGGUGCAAAUGCCAGUCACGGGUAG